UCGGUCGGUUAUGAUGCAUUCGUCGUUGCCCGUUCGGUUGGCUUGAAGCGUGGUAGUGAGGAAUCAUCGGAGGAUUCAUCGCUGCGGAAUUCUCGUAACCAACACAAAGAGGGAGUAUUUUUUUCUUGUAUCGAGCUGCGAAUGAAUUUGGUUGGGUGAAUUCGUGAGAUAUAAAGCGUGAUGAUAAGACGAAUCCACAGUGACGUUUCGUAGUAUACACGCGAACAGCCACUAAUCACGCCAAGUGCUGUGCUCCCAAUUCUACUACGAGAUGACUGACGACAGCUCAAGUGGCACCAACAAAGUAGAGCGAAAUGGUAUUGGCGCCAAACACAACUACGGUGCUACUGAUGAGAUAACUUCCUACAAGCCACCACCAGCCGAAGGAAGUCAAAGCCCUACGGUGGACCACCAAAUGGAGAAACGUUCAACGCUCAAGAUCGUGGAGAAAAUCGGUUUCGGCCUGGGCCACGUCUACAAUGACCUGUGUGCGGGGGUAUGGUUCAGCUACACGUUGCUGUUCAUGCAGGGAGCCCUCGGAAUGCCGGCCCCCGAAGCAGGCGCACUAGUCAUGCUCGGACAGGUUGGGGAUGCUAUUGCGACGCCUAUCGUUGGCUUCUUAACCGACCGAUAUGGAACUAAGAGACAAUGGCAUAUGGCCGGAACGCUCAUCGUAUUUCUAACAUUCCCAAUGAUUUUCUCACUUUGUCCGUGGUGUGAUGUGGCUCCGCACUGGUGGGAGAUCGUAUACUUUACUAUUGUGAUAUUGCUGUUCCAGUUCGGUUGGCCAAUCGUACAGAUAACCCACUUGGCAAUGAUCCCGGAGCUCUCUCGGACUCAGAAGGACCGCUCGGAUUUAACAGCGGUGCGGUAUUCCGUGUCCAUCAUUUCGAACGUGAUCGUCUACAUAGUCACAUGGGCGGUGCUUCGAAGUCGUACGAGUGCAGACAGCCAGAUAGGUGCCGGCGAUGCCUAUCGAUUUCGAGAUGUCUCGUUAAUACUGACACUGGUCGGUGUUUCCAUGUCCGUCCUAUUCAAUUUUUCCCUCGCAUUCAGCGGUUACGAACAUCGGAGACAUGCCGCCCUACAGCAUAACGUCAUCAAGGCCGACAAAAGAAAUGGGGUCGAUCCGGAGAGGCAAAGUUUGCUGCGUUCGGAGAAUUUCACUCGCGACAGCGUUGUUCCCGGAACCGAAUCCGUCCUUCCGAAUCAUUCAACGACAACAGCGAAUGGAGAUGUUGUAGUAAGGAAGCCAAAAAAAAAUUUCUUCAAAUCUCCGCUGCUUUACCAAAACGCGUUGCUCUAUGUGUUCUCGCGUCUGUUUAUGACGACAUCGCUGGUUUACAUGCCGUUGUGGUUGGAUGAACGAUCGUACCAACCAGACCCCGUUCAGAACAACGCCAGCGUUGAACAUCUGGCGACAGUGCCUCUGGUGUCGUUCCUAGCCUCGUUCAUUGCCUCGUUGGUGUUGAAGUACGUCAACAGGUUCAUGGGCAACAGUUGCAUAUACUUCAUCGGUUCGGCGAUCAGUUUGAGUGUGUGCACGUGGAUUGCCUUCAGCCCAGGUUCAGCCACCUUCAGCACCGCCGAACUGUUGGCGAUAGCAUCGUUCUUCGGAGCUGGCAGCUCAAUCACUAUGAUCAGCAGUUUGUGCAUCACGGCCGAUAUGAUCGGUAAGCACGCCGAGCAGGGUGGCUUCAUCUACUCCGCCGUUACUUUCACCGACAAACUGAUCACUGGCGUGGUGGUCGUCAUAAUCGAAUCCGCGAAAUGCCAAGAUCGAAGCGAUUGUCCGGACUACUACCGAAGCGUACUGGCGUACGCGUGUGGAACAGCCGCGAGCCUCGGCUGUGUCACACUGACAACACUGGUUUGGACCAAAUUCUGCACGAGACCACAACGGCGGCGAUGAUGAUUCCGAGCCAUGUUACAAUACAUAGGUAGCAACAAUAAUGUAUUAUGAGAAGUUUGGUUUUGAUAUUGUACUAUAGUUUUAAUCGCUAGAAGUAAAAAAAAAGAAGAUAGUUUCAGAGUUGAGA